AUGCUCUCUGUUCUCAAGCGCGUACCAAGGGCCUCUGUGGCUGCCCGCGCCGCUGCCCGCUCGUAUGCUACCGAGCACAACCCCCCGACUCGCUUCGAGUCGGCUUCCGUCUGGCAGAACGAGCCAUCGCAGCCUAAUCUCGUCACAGACUCGGUCCCAGGCCCGCGCUCCUCGGAGUUGAGCAAGGAGAUCGCAGACUUCCAGGACCCUCGCACGCACGUCGUCGUCGCAGACUACGCCAAGUCGAGGGGAAACUACCUCGUCGAUGCAGACGGCAACGAAAUGCUCGACGUCUUUGCCCAGAUUGCCAGUAUCGCGAUCGGGUACAACAACCCCGAGCUCCUCGCGCUCGCCAAGACUGAUGAGUUCGCAAUCGCCGCGAUGAACCGACCGGCGUUGGGCUCCUUCCCGAGCAACGAGUGGUCGGAGACGAUUCACAAGGGCCUUCUCUCCGUUGCGCCGAAGGGGACGCCUCAUCUCUUCACCCAGAUGUGCGGUUCUUGCGCGAAUGAGGGAGCGUUGAAGGCGGCGUUCAUGGCGUAUCGUGCGAGGCAGCGCGGAGAGCAGGGCAUCAAGGACUUCACGUCCGAGGAGGCGCGUCUCUCCGCCUUCGUCUACAUCGAUGUCUUGUCUGACAAUUCGCUCGAUAUGCAGAUGAGCUCGUGCAUGAAGAAUGCGAGUCCGGGAAGUCCCGACCUCGUCGCCAUGUCUUUCAAGUCGGCCUUCCACGGUCGCUUGUUCGGCAGUCUGUCACUCACUCGCAGCAAGGCCAUCCACAAGCUCGACAUCCCCGCCUUCGACUGGCCCGCCAUCUCCUGGCCUACGAUGAAGUAUCCUCUGGACGAGUACGCCUCGGAGAACGCAGAAGCCGAGGCGCGGACGAUUGCGCUCGUCGAGGAGAUGAUUAUCGCGCAGAAGAAGAAGGGCAAGGACGUUGCGGCGCUCAUUGUCGAGCCCAUCCAGUCGGAGGGCGGCGACAACCAUGCGAGUCCGAGCUUCUUCAAGGCUUUGCGGACGGUUACAAGGGAACACGGAGUCUUCAUGAUCGUCGACGAGGUGCAGACCGGCGUCGGCGCGACGGGCGCCUUCUGGGCACACGACAAGUGGAAGCUCGACCACCCUCCCGACUUUGUCACCUUCUCGAAGAAGAUGCAGGCCGCCGGGUUCUACCACGCUGAGGGGACGCGUGCGUCGCUGCCGUACCGCAACUACAACACCUGGAUGGGCGACCCUAUGCGCGCUCUCCAGGCUCGCGAGAUGAUCGGCUUCAUCAAAGCGCACGGCCUCGUCGCCCACACUGCCGCGAUCGGCGAUGAGCUCUACUCGUCCCUGACCGACCUGUCGAAGCGGUACUCGGGCCAGAUCCACAACCUCCGGGGCAAGGACUGCGGGACGUUCAUCGCGUGGGACGCGGCGUCGGCUGAGCAGCGCGAUAAGUUCGUUGCCGAGAUGCGCAAGGUGGGAGUCGUGAUGGGAGGUUGCGGAGACAAGGCUGUCAGGCUCAGGCCGAUGCUCGUCUUUGGCGACAAGCAGAAGGACGUGUUGCUCGAGAAGAUGGAGGGCGUCUUCAAGGACAUGUCGUAG